AUGUGUUUGAUUCAGGCAUCAGUGACAUUCAGGGAUGUGGCGGUGGACUUCACCUGGGAGGAGUGGAGACACCUGGAUCCUGCCCAGAGGGACCUAUACAGGGACGUGAUGUUGGAGACCUAUGAAAACGUGAAACCCUUUGAAUGUGAUGAAUGUGGGAACAUUUUCAGUGAGAGGAGAAACCUUAUUAGUCGUCAGAGGACUCAUACUGAAGAGAAACCAUUUGCAUGUGGUAGAUGUGGAAAAAGUUUCAGCCAGAGGGCGCACCUUAUUAGUCAUCAGAGAAUUCAUACUGGAGAGAAGCCAUUUGCAUGUAAUGAAUGUGGAAAAGGCUUCUGCCAACGGGGACAUUUCAUUACACACCAAAGAAUUCACAGUGGAGAGAAACCCUUUGAAUGUAAUGAAUGUGGGAAAGCCUUCAUCAGGAGGGGACACCUUAUUACACAUCAGAGAAUUCAUACUGGAGAGAAACCUUUUGUUUGUAGUGAAUGUGGAAAAACAUUCAGUGAGAGGAGAAAUCUUACUAGCCAUCAGAGAAUUCAUACUUCAGGAAAACCCUUUUUAUGCAAUGAAUGUGGAAUAGGUUUCCGGCAUCGAGUAAGUCUUAUUAUUCAUCAGAGAACUCAUACUGGAGAGAAACCAUUUGCAUGUAAUGAGUGUGGGAAAGGCUUCAGACAGAGGGGCCACCUUAUUACACAUAAGAGAAUUCAUACUGGAGAAAAACCAUUUGCAUGUAAUGAAUGUGGGAAAACCUUCAGUGAAAGGAGAAACCUUCUUGCCCAUAGGAGAAUUCAUACUGGAGAGAAGCCCUUCACAUGUAAUGAAUGUGGGAAAGGCUUCCGAUGCAAAGUCAGCCUUAUUACUCAUGAGAGAUCUCAUACUGGAGGGAACCUGUUUGAAUGUAAGGAAUGUGGAAAGAGCUUCAGCUGGAGGGCAAGCCUUAUAAUCCAUCAGAGGACUCAUACUGGAGAAAAACCUUUCACAUGUAGUGAAUGUAGAAAGUCCUUUACCCGAAGGGCCAGCCUUAUCAUCCAUCAGAGAACUCAUACUGGAGAGAAACCCUUUGUAUGUAAUGAAUGUGGAAAAGGCUUUAGCCAAAGAGGGCACCUUAUUACACACCAGAGAAUUCAUACUGGAGAGAAACCCUUUGAAUGUCGUGAAUGCAGAAAAACCUUUAGUGAAAGGAGAAACCUUAUUACUCAUCAGAGAAUUCAUACUGGAGAGAAACCCUUUGCUUGUAAUGAAUGUGAAAAAGGUUUCCGAUGCAAAGUGAGCCUUAUUACUCACCAGAGAACUCAUACUGGAGAGAAAUACUUUUCUUGUAAUGAAUGUGGGAAAGCUUUCAGUGAAAGGGCACAUUUUAUUACCCACCAGAGAACUCAUACUGGAGAAAAACCCUUUGAGUGUAUUGAAUGUGGGAAAGCUUUCAGUGUGAGGGGAAGCCUUAAUAGACACCAGAGAACACAUACUGGAGAGAAACUCUUUGAGUGUAAUGAAUGUGGGAAAGCUUUCAGACAGCAAGGAAACCUUAUUAGCCAUCAGAGAACUCACACUGGAGAGGCACCAUUUUCUUGUAAUGAAUGUGGCAUUGCCUUUACCAAGCGGGCAUAUCUUAUUAAACAUCAGAGAACUCAUACUGGAGAGAAACCCUUUGCAUGUAAUGAAUGUGGAAAAGCCUUCAGCAAGAGGGGAUAUCUUAUUAGACAUCAGAGAAAUCAUAAAGGAGUAAAAACAUUUUGA